CCUGUGCACCGAGGUGUGCACCUGCCGCAGUUUGGAAGGGACGGGAGCAGUAAGGAGCUGCAGAAAUUAAUUCUUUGCCACAAAUUCACUGACGAGUGACUCGCAUUAAAUCUGACGGGACAAAGUUAACAAAGAUAUAAGUUAUCAACCAUAAGUUAACUUCAGUCUAUGAAGCAAGAACUUAUAAAUAAAAUUUCAUUUAGUACCAGGCGGCUAUUACAGUAUUUGAGCUAAAAUUCGGUGAGUUAAGAUUUUCAGGGACAUAUAUGCUUGGAUUUAAAACGGUGACUCGUUUGGGUUCAGUAUGCAGGUAAUGCUUGCUCCAUUGUUGGGCGCACAAACAACACAAAAUGUUUGACAUUGCAGUUUCGAAAGCAAGUCAAGAGGACUCUGGAUAUCGCAGUGAAUUUAUAAUUGUUUUUCAUCUUCUGAUAUUCCUGAACUUAAACUGAUAAAAUCGCCUUGUGGUGCAUAUUAUGAGGAGAAAAGCAGUAAAAGCCACCUUUGCAGGACACCGUUCUAUUAUGUGGAAGAACAAGCACUUUACUUGGGCCAGAGGUUCCUGUUCCCUCCUGACACUCUUUGUGCUGAUCAGCAGAGCCAGUAUAAUUGAAGGAAAUAACCUGACGGAAAGUGACAUUUCAGAAUCAGACGGUUUCUGUAACCAUCCACCUGAGUUCCUGGCACCUUCUACAAAUGAGACUUACAAACUUUCCUUGGGAUCUUGGGUUGUGUUGAAUUGUACAGUGAAGAUACUCUACGAUCACAAGUUCAAUUUGUGUGACCCAAGUAUCCAGUGGAUUAAGGACCAGCAGGUGAUCACCAACAGUAGUAAAUACAUCCAGACUGACAAUAACAGGCUUAAUGUUUCAGAGAAGAUUCUCUCCAGCUUUCUGAAUGUCAGCUUGGCAGAUGAGGCUGAUUAUGGGACCUUCACCUGUUUCAUAAGAAAAGAAUCCAUGACCUUCACACUGGAAAAGACAGUCGUAGAUGUUGCCAGUCAUGUCCCAGCAGUACUGGGUGCCCUUUUGGUGCUUGCUGCAUUACUUCUGGUUGGAUUGCUGUACGUGAAGUGCAGACUGGAUUUGCAGCUCUGGUACAGGAACAAAUAUGGAGAGUUUGAAGUCAAUGAUGGUAAGCUGUAUGAUGCUUAUGUUUCCUACGUAUCUGCUGAUGAUGACCGGAAAUUCGUCAACUUCAUCCUGAAGCCACAUUUGGAGAACCGAUAUGGCUACAAGCUGCACUUAGAUGACAGUGAUAUCCUGCCGGGGUCAGAGCCCUCUGCAGAGCUAAUAAUGAACAUUAGUCGCUGCCGCCGUCUGAUCGUGGUAUUGAGCAAGGUGUACCUGGAGCAGGACUGGUGCAAGCUGAACUUCAGAGAAGCCCUCUGGAAUCUGCUGGAUCUCUCCAGGAAGCCCAUCUUUAUCAUGUUUGAGAACCAUUACAGAGAACUGUCUCACCCUGCCAUACAACUCCUUAAAGCGCAGAGAAAAAACAUCACUGUCCUGCUCUGGACUGCUACAUCAAUGACCCCGUCCUCUGAAUUCUGGAAAGAGUUACGAUUGCUUUUGCCUCGGAUCAUACCUCAGCGAAAUACCAUGGCUGAUCCUCAGACUCGACUCCAGGAUGAUAAGGACCCUAUGCUGAUCCUCAAUCCAGAUUACUUGGACUGCAGAUCUGACCCUGACCCUGAAGGAGACCUGGGAGUCCGGAGUCCAAUUUACAAAGGGCCACCUCCACCUGUAUCAGCCCUUCCCAGUAUGCCAAAGGCAAACCCCAGCAUGGAAUUUCCUUGUGAAAGUACAGAUAGAGAUGAAUUAGAUAUUGCAGAUCUGGGAUCUCGAAAUUAUGGAACAAGAACAGAUUUCUAUUGCCUUGUUUCUGAAGAAGAUAUUUGACUGUGGGUACUCAUUAGUACAUAACAGUAAACUAUUCUUUACAACUCCUUAAUGAUUGUUAAAACUUGUUACACAAAUUUUAUCACUCAGUAGUUGAUUUAUUGAUUAAAUCUACACAUUUUUGAAUCUUAAAUUGAUUUUUAAUUUUAUCAAUUUUCGUCUGACAUUCAUUUAUAUGAUCACAUACUCUGAUUGUAUUCCUGUUCCAUCACAAGUGUUUAUAAAGACUGGGAUUCUGCCUAGUUAAAGACAGAUUUUUGAUUGCAUUGAAACAGUAUGAAUGUUUAUUUGAAUGCGUCCAUUGUCUAAUGAAGAAAUGCAUUCCAAUGACUGAAAAUUGUAUACUGUACUACUAAGAGAAUGUCAGACUCAAUUUGCUGCACCUUGUUUAGAGAUGCCAGAAUCAUGUAUACCAGUUGUGCCUUUUCAAAUUGUGGAUUUACAUAAACAAGAGUAUAAUAGUUUAAACUUCUAUAUUGGGGAUUCUUAAGCUAACAGAAUGCAAGCAUAGACCAGAUCAAUUGGCAACUAAAAAUCAUGGUUGGUGCUGAGGUUGGAACUCUGUAAUAGUUACUAUUAACUGUUCAGCAUUUGUCUAUUGAAUUUUAAUCAUUGCUGAAUUUUCAUAGGUGAGUCAUUUUAAUUGUGGACAGAUAAAUUUCAAAGGAUAAUUUUCUAGGUACUACCAGCACAAUUAUAAAAUAAAGUGAUGAACUCCUGCCACAGAAGUGGCCACAAUCAGUUUUACUUUACUUUUUCUCUGCAAGAGCUUCAUGCAUCCCCCCCGCAGGAUAUUUUUUUGAUUCUCAGUAACCCAUUCUUUUCAGGAAUUCUCUUAAUGAUUUUAAAGUAUCUCUGGAUUUGUUUUUUUUUUAAAUGCCCUCCUUGCUUUAGUGUCUGCCAUGAACUUGUUUUCUUUACUCCCCUUACCUAACCCUCUGUGCAUCUUCUCAUGUGGAGCUGGUGGGACAGGGGGUUCUAGACUGGACUGUCCCAUCCCAUACUCUCCUUUGGGAUUAUUUCCCCCACCUCUUAAACCAUCAUGAAUGCAACUCAGACCCAGAGCAAUGAGAAGCAUUUAAACAGCUGUUUGAUUUGUACUAAAUCAUCUAUCAAAAUUUGUGCUUUGUCCUUUUCUGCAGUGAUCAUAAAUAGUAAAAAAACACUAAAUCUUAGUAACGGCUCAGUACAGCUAGAAAGACUAGACUUGCUCCUCGGUCAAAUACAACUUCAAAACAGCAUUUUACUGACUAGAUAGUUACAUGCAGAUUAAAUAUAUAUAAUUUAUGCUUUGUCUUUAAAUGUAAUCCAUGUUUAAGAACAUUUUGUAGGAAAGUACUGAAAAUAGACAUCAGCUUGCAAAUUAUGCCAUUUUGUAUCACCUCUGCCUGUACAGGAAUUCCCAUGCCCUCCGCUCAGUAAAACUGAGAUGUCAAUAUGUGCAGCUACUGCCUGACCAACUGCGUCUUACUCCACUUUUUAAAAUCAGACUUCCAGCAUUUAAAGCUCUGCACAUUCCCCUCCCGCACCCGCACCUCCCCCCCAGCACACUGGUAAUCAAACUCCUGACUGUCAGUUCCAACCACCUGAUUUUGUCAGUACAACCAGGGCUCUGACUUCAAUAAACUUAUUUCAUAGUCACCUGCAGCGCAUUUAAAUUAGCUGCUCAACAGAACUUCCACAAAUACACACAAAAUGGAGGAGGAGGAGCUCAGCAGGCCAGGCAGCAUCUAUGGAAAAGGAGUAAACAGUUGACGGUUUGGGCUGAGACACUUUUAUCAGGGCUCUUCACUGAUGGAUAGCAUGCAAGAGUAUCAUCAUAUGUUUAAGUUCAAGUUAACAAUAGCUUCAGCCAAUAUUUGGCAUGCAGGUGCCCAGUAAUGUAUCAUUAACUAUUUAGGAUCACAAGAACAAACUGCUUCGUAUAGCAGAUCACAAUUUUCUGUGCAACAUACAACAGCCCACAAUGUCUGGUGCUAAACUAAUCCCUCUGGACUGCACGUGGCCCAUUCCCCGAAAAUCCGUGUGCCGAUCUAAAAGCCACUGAAUGGCACUACUAUAUUGCAUCCACUAUGCCCCACCGGCCUUAAAUUUUAAAAGCUCUGCUCAGCCUUCUGACACUCCGGAGGAAAUAAUGCAAGUUUGUGCCACACAGCCACACCCUUUAAUCCAGGCAGUAUCCAAAUAAACCUCUUCUGAAUCUUCUCCAAAGACUCUGCAUUCUUCCCAUGUUUUAGGAUCUCGAGUUAACCUAAAGGAGGAUAUCUAGCACAUUAGCUAUAACUCGCAUCUCAAGAUGUACAUGCCUUGAUCCCACUAAUGGUUACAAAGAAUCUACAUAAUUAAACAUUCCUACUCUGGGUACAAUACUCAAACUAGCAAUGAAUUUGUACUUGCAUUUAAUACAAGAUGAGAAUGAGCAAAUGUUACAAGAUGUUUGAGGUAGCACGCACAGAACAGGUAUGAACAC